AGGUGCAUACUCAACACUACAAGUACAAAACCACAAAGAACCGCGAUGAGGAGCUGAAGGCGGCCAUGGAGGCGACUGCAGGGGCCAUUGACACCAGUGCGGAGGUGGUGGAGGAUGAAGCAGAGAAGCUCUCAGAUGAGGCCAACGAGUACAGGAACUGGUGUAAGCUCAUGGAGAUCAAUGCGAUGAAGAACAUUGGUGCCAGUACAACAAAUGCCCCGCCAGAGGAGAAGAAGAAGGCCGGCAACAGCAGUUAGUGUCUGUUGUGAGAGGUAGUGAGUGACUGGGCUUUGGCAAUGGGGCGAUGGAAGGACGCCCAUCCCCAACUAUGCUCGGUUUGGUAAUGCUGACGCACCCUGGCUCAUUUACCCUCAGGAAGGUGCAGUUUUUGUGUUCAGUGGGAGGGAGAAAGACGUUCACCCUGUGUGCGCAUAGAUUCCCUUCGGCACCAAGGCACUUCUUUGAAGAUGUGAAAGGAGAGAGUUAAAGUGAGGAAAGGAGUGAGUUGAGAUGCACCUUGGCAAAGGUAUCGUAAAAAGUGAUGUAGAGAAGAGUCUUCUGAUGUAGAUUAUUUAUUCUUGAUCUGUUGGAAAAUGGAAGAGCAAUAAUAAUAUUAGUACUAACAGGGCAGUUGUGUUUGAAAUUCUAGCUUGAGUGUGGAAGAAAGUUUGUUAGUCAUUAGAAAAAUCUGGAAUUAUGAAGGGAAAAAACUUCGUAAAUAUUUGAUAUCAAGAUUACGGUGGUGCAAUAGAUCUCAGUAGUGAGAAUGAAGUCUUCACUGUCUGUAUUUGGUGCAGCCGAGACAGCAGAUGUAUCCAUAAAUAAUAUGAUAAUGAUAUUAUAGAAGGACAAGUCUGCUAGCUUACCUCCGAGUGCCAUAGAACUGUGAUUUUGGUGCGAUACUCAGUUCUGAAUGGUGUGUGAGUCCCAAGCGGACUUUAAAAAAAAAAAACUGAUAUUCAAUGCAGGGCAGAUGUUAUGUAUGGCACAGAUAUCUGGACAGUGUCCACCAUGCUGGUCUCCAAGACAAAUGUAUGGGUGAUUUCAUGUUUAUAGCAGCUUCAUAUCACAUGUUUGUACAUAAUGACAGUGUGUGAGUAGUUUAUGUAAGUACGUGACCACCAGUGUUGUGCUUUGUUUGUGUAAUUAUAGAUAUUAAAGUUUUUGAAGAUAGGGAAUCUUAACUUAGGUUUUAUUUGUACUUAUGAUUGUUUUCUACUACCACUACUACUUCUCUACAUGAUUUGUGGUUUAUAGGCUAUUUUUUGUCAGAAAUAGUUGUGAACAUGAAAGCAUUUACAAUUAUGCAGGUUUUCUGUAACUGCAUAUGGCAUUUAUAAACUGCAGGUAAUUUGCUUUUAGAUAUGUUGCCUAAGCUUUUAGCUUGUCUUAUCUAAUCUAGGAACAAGUGUACAGGUGCAAUGUAAGUAUCUUGGUGCUGCUUUUUGGCUGCUGUUGGUUACAGAGUAAACAGGGUGACUUUUGUUAGGAGUUAAAUGUUGUUCAAGUUACUUUUUAUUGGUACUCUAUUUUUAAAGUAUUUAUUUGCUUAGCUGACAGUUAAAAGUCGUUGCUUCCUAAGGUGUGGUGAAUGGCCUGGUGUGUGUGAGGAUUGUGAUACAUGUGAUGGCAUAACUCAGUUCAGGAUGUUUUUGUCUUGUUUUGCAAAUGAUAUCUUUUUUUGUAUUUCAGUUACAAAGCUCUAAUGAUCUGUUAUAUUGUUAAAACUUACAGUAAAAAUAUGCAUAUGAUGGUACUGAAAGGAAUAAAUUGGAGGAAGAUCAAAGUCAACGCAUUGUUGGAUCAGUAUCUUUUUUUUUCUAUUGGGUGUUGGUUUCCAUUUCAAGUUAAGUUUUACUAACAUGUGCAUGUAUGUGUUGUAGAGUUGUUUAUACUUAUGGCUAAAUCUUGUGUCUUGUGUUGCGAAUCUUCCUCAUUUUGAAGCAAAAUCAUCAUUGUGGCAACUACUUACUUGUUAAUUUGGUCAUAGCCAUUAGUGUCGGCAUAUAAUGCAGGAGGUGGGGAAGAAGUUCCACUUUUUGUACUUUGGUGCUAUUUAAGUUGCUGUUUUACAGAGGUUGUGGUCUGAUAGGGAAAAGUUUCCUUUUCUUGUCUGUUCAGUGAUAAAAUUCUUCAGCAAAGUUCAAUUUCUUUUUAUUUCUUUAAUAUGACAGGGAUCAAAUGUAUUUAUUACAUAUGAUAAGAAAUCUAAAAAGGUUUGUAUGAUUAAUAUAGAGAUUUUGUGUUUCUUGUAUAAUUUAUGGAAAUGAAUAAUUGUUAUUGCUUGGUAUGUCAAGUUGUCCUAACCUUUGUUGUUAACACUGGUUGGCUGGGAGGUGGAGCCCAGCUUCUCAACAUGUGAGUACAACUCUUUACUUAAUAUUUUGUUGUUUGGAGGAGUUUGCAUCCUUUGCAGUUGUUUGGAUACUUCCAUUUCUAGAUAUAGGUAAGGAAUGAUGACAGCAAAGCUGUGACUGAGAGAAGAGAAACACUACUACUAUUGGCCAAACAUGUCACUGGUUGAUAUGAAAAGUUUCCUUUUCAUUCUGUGUGUAUAUCAGGAUUCCCCUUUACUGGAUAGGAUUUGCCAAUGAGUUUUUUUCCGUAAGCUAACUGGUAGAAAAUGAUCUGCAUUUUUGUAUUCCAUGGUUUGGGCUUCCAUGCUCUGUUGAAGUGACAGGCAUUCACACUCCAGAGUAGCAGGGUCACCCACAUUUUUUUUUUUUUUUUUUUUUCUUUUCCUUCUAUAUUUUAUCAGGAAUUUCUUUUCUGUUUCCAUUCACUUAUUCUUCUUUCUUUCUUUUUUUUUUUACAGUGUUUUGCCUCUUUUGUUACUUUUAAUAGUCUUUUAUGUUAUAUGAAUGUAUUAUGAAUUUGUACCUUUUUGCCUUCCCAGUUUUUCUUCCUUUCUUCAGAGACCAAAACUUUAUUUCUUUGCCUCCAAGAACCAAAUAUAUUUAUGAACCCGAGUGAUCUGCAAGAAGGCUCAGUGCAUGUCACGUGCAGCUUUCCAUAGCGUUUGUCCACAGAGAAGGCUGGAAGGAGGGACACUUUCAUAUAAUGGUGCUGAUGACAAGGGUGUAUGUGUUAAUAUGGUUUUUGUGCAUUUGUUUAUUAAUGUGUUUGAAUUGUAGAUUUUUUUUCUCUUUGUUUUUCUUUUAAGUGAAGGAAAUGGUGAUGAUGAGCUUACAAAAAUAAUGAAAAGCUGUUAUGGUCUUCCUACAGUUUCUUUAAGUUGUGUUUUGCUGCAACUUUAGGGAGCUUUAGGAGCUUUCAGUGGCAAGAUAUCGAUGUUUGUUUAUAUUACAGUUCAAAAAGAGAAACAAGCUUCGUUCUUCAGUUUUAUUGUUAUGCUUUCAAAUGUUUAUUUACAAUGAUUCAAAGAAUAUUGUAAUUGAAGUAUACAGUUGGAGAUGUUUUGGUUUUUAAUAUGCAAAUCCUUAAUGAUAAUUUAAAACACAUUUGGUUUGCAUAUGUUUGUUUUAAAAGUAUGUUUUAUAUAUAUACACGUAAACAUAAACAAAUAUGAAAAGGAAAAUAGCUGUAAUAAGAAAUAAAACUAAAUUGUGAUUGUUAAACUUGUCAGAAUUUCAUUUUUUAGUGUGGCUUUUUUCUUUUUUCAUCUUUGUUUUACAGGUUACUGUAUUUGUGCUUGUGUUCAUAAAACACACACACACACACACACACACACACA